CGAUCAACGCUUUAUUCCGCGGACUAUUUACCGCGAACCCUAUUGUUGAACGCCGUGCAACAUGAUUGGGGUAAUUUUAUUGGUAUCCUCCAUACCCACAAUCCAAUGCAUCAUAGUUACAGACCCGCCGCCAACAGAAUUAGACUACAAAUACUCGUACAAUGUCGAGGACCCCUCAACAGGAGAUUCAAAGAGCCAGCACGAGGUCAGAUACGGUGACACAGUCACCAGCGCCUACUCUGUGCUCGACCCGGACGGCACCAAGCGAACUGUGCAGUAUUCAGCUGACUCCAAGCACGGCUUCAAGGCAGUCAUCAAACAAGAACCUAUAUAUAAUAUCCAAGCAAAACCACAGCAGUACAUGCCGAACGGAUACAUCAACUACAGAUACGAACCGGAAUUGGGACAGCAGCAGGAAUACACGAAUGGAAAACCAGUGAUUGAACUGUCUCAAAACGUUAUAGAUCAACUUGGAUACUACGCGAAGGCAGAAGGAUACGGUCAUCAAGAUGUACGAGUGUAUUUCACGCCAGAAAACGAAGUGCCUCCCCAGGAACAUACCAAUCGAGGACAGUAUUUCACUCCAGCGCAUAAUCGAUAAAAAGCAAUGCAAAUACUUUCUCCAGUGUUGUGAUAUUAUGUUAAGUUGCUGUUUAUUUAGGAAAUGCUGUGAAUUAUAAACUGAAUGUAAAUUUAUUUUGUGACUAUGCGGCGACGACGAGCCGGUCGUCAAACCACACUAUUUUUUUAAAUACAUAAAUGUUGUUUGUUGCUCUGUUUAUUGAUUCAAAUGGCAUAUAUUACACUCACAAAAAUAAUUUAUUAUACAUACCUAAAUCUG